CUUACACGAUAGCUAAACAAGAGUUAACGAAUACCAUGCAUUCACAUCCGAGCUGUCUUAAUCAAUGAUUUCAGAUGUCACGAUUGAGCGGCAUCUGCCGCCCUCAUUCUUUGGUGGCAUCGCGCUCUCGAACGAUGGCAAUAUAAUCACGAGCUGCUUCAGAGCUUCAGGCGGAGUCAUUCGCACUCCUGGCAUACAGACCAUUUCCCCUGUUGUCGGGAAAGUGUGGAAAAGUACUACCUCAUCUGGUCAGUCUGGUUUGUCGGAGGAAACAACUAGUACUGUGACUGGAAAACUUGCGGAGUUGCAUGGUGCGGUGCCGGAUUUUGAUCUGAGUAGUGUAUGGCUGGACUCUGCAGUUCUUGGAAUCGACCGGAAAUGGAUCAAUGCCCUAGAUGGUGUUGAUACGAUGGACACCGACUCGCUUUCCGACGGCCUCGGUUUCGACGUGCCAACAGAUAUGGUCUCUUCCCCGCUACGUACAUACACAGCUGCCAGGAGCGUACUUGCUAUACUUUGGACCAAGCUGGAAGUUUCAAUUAUAUGCCCAGCAGCAGCAGAAUCGAGACAGCAGACUGUUAGUUGGAAGUUAUCCGAGACUAUAGCGCGGCUCGAGAAGCUGAGCUAUGAUCCUGGCGAUGAUCGCGUGUAUGUGACUUCACGUACUACUCUUGAGCGAUUGAGAUUACAUUCUAUCGACUGGUCUACAAAUCUCGGCACUCUUACAAAGAAUAAUUUUGCCUUCUCGCUGCUCGCGACAGGUAACGAGCACGGAGAACUGUGCUUAUGGCAUUUGCAUCCCACGUCUGGUCCUCAACAACUGGCAGCAAUUCUCAUCUCUGAAUCAUCAUGGAUCACGCUCGUCAAAUUCUCUCCUCCGACGGCUGAUCCAAGCUCUCCCGAUAACGUCACGAUAUACAUCACCGCGGCGACAAGUCACAAUGAGCUAUAUCUACUACCGGUCCAUGUCUCCAAUUGCUCUACGGAGCCAACUAUACAGAUCGACACACCACUACUGCUCUGUGAAAAAUUCUCGUCCGCGAUCACGCACUUACACUGGUGCAAAGGAGUCAACGGUAUUCUAAUAGCACUAGCCUCGAGCCCUCGACACACGAGAAUUGUCGGUUUUAAGGUCAAUAAGCACGACGCGCGCAACCUUGUGUCAGUGAAGCCUGAUAUUUUUACACCUAUAGUAGGGGCUAGGUCAAAUUGGAUCAACACCGAUUCCGCAGUCUGUACUGAAUUAGUUUCAGCGACUGGUCAGACCGUAACCGUGCGAUAUGACUACGAAAGCGGAACUGCUUCUAUCGUGGACGAAUUGGAACAUCCGAGUUUGAUUGCUCAGCAAAUAGCAUUCAAGACUAGAACGUACUCCUCGUCCACCUUUGCCGAGAUCUCUCCCAGCCUGAUAGAAAUGCGAGUCUACGGCUCCGCCGUCGAUCAAUUCGGAAUCGCCGCGUGUUUAUACACGCUAUCCCCAUCCGACAGACUACGAUAUCCAAUCAUCUCCAACCAGUCCAGCCACAUUGCUUUUGCAUAUGACAUGGACUUGACUACUUUCUGGGACACAGUCGAGCGCAGUUUCGGCAACGGCGAUCUCUUUUCUCCGCGGGCGGUUUUCUGGGCUGCCAAGCUGAGCGCGUUUAACGCAAAAGUGUCGCUUGAGAACGAGAGGAAAUGGAUUGCGAGCUCGAUUGAAGUCGUGAGUCGGAAACUGGAGAGUUGUCCAUCGGCAUUAUCGGACGAAAACAGUUUGAGGAGAUUUUAUCUUUACAGCUAUUCUCCGCUAUGGAGGAGGGUUUUAAAUAUUCUCUACUCAUGGAGUAAGUCAGCAUCAACAGAGGACGCAGACGCAGCCGAUAUCCAACAAUCACAACGACAAAAUCUUCUGGCUAUCCGCUCUGAGUUUGCCGUUGCAGUGCUAAGCCAUUUUCUUCAGAUGGGCAAGAAUGGAAGCGAGAUGGAUAUCUCAUCUAGACGGGUACUGCAUUAUCACAGCCAGUUCCUGAGUCUAGCGAUUUCGAUCUGCGACGGUGCUCCUAUCCUUUGGCCAGAGACAUUAACGCAUUAUCAACAAACGAUCGGAUCUCCAAAUACCGAUAUAGGGUUUAUAUGCGUCGCAUGCGAAGGCCUUAUCGAGAUUCAAUUCCAAGCUAAUCGCGGCGACGAAUUCUGCGUGGGUGUGUGUCGCAAGAUGGGCCAUAGAUGGGCUAUUUGCCCGAUAACAUUCACGCCGCUGAUGAGUCUGCAUCAGAGGAAAUGUAACUUUUGCGGCGGGAAGGCUGUCGCUGCUGAUUUCUUUGCGGAGGAAAGUGAGUCGUUCGCGGCUGGAGUUUUGAGGGUUUGCGAUACGUGUUUGUAUUGUGGGAAUAUUCUACAGACUAUGUAAAACAGGGAAUUUGUAUAACUAAUAGUGAAUAAAAGAGAUGGU